UUUUUCAUUAAUUUUUAAUUUUGUAAUUCAGUUAACAGUAUUUUCUAUGAUAAAUUUGUGCAAAUGAGAUGGUUUAAAAUACAAAGUUUCAUUAACCAAAUUUUGCUACAAUCUUAAGAGUAUUUAAGCAGUUAUUUAUUAUAGUUGAUUAAGGGUGUAUAUAAAGAAAUAAAUAAAAAUGAAUGUUAUACAGGCGGUUAAAAUGUAUAUAACUAAAAUGACAGAAGAAAGUGGUCCAGGCAUGAAAGUUAUUUUGAUGGAUAAAGAUACAACUAGCAUUGUCAGUAUGGUGUUUAGUCAAUCGGAAAUAUUACAAAAGGAAGUGUAUUUAUUUGAAAGGAUUGAUAGUCAGGCAAAAUGGGAUAAUUUGAAACAUAUGAAAUGUAUAGUUUUCUUGAGACCUACCUCAGAGAAUAUUGCCUUGCUGUCACGAGAAUUAAGAUGUCCAAAAUAUGGUGUUUAUUUUAUAUAUUUCAGCAAUGUAGUGUCAAAGGCUGACGUAAAGACACUAGCUGAGUGUGAUGAGCAGGAAGCGGUCCGAGAGGUACAGGAGACAUUUGCAGACUACCUAGCUGUGGAUCGUCAUUUGUUCUCGUUCAAUAUUGUUGGCUGUUUGCAUGGCCGUAAUUGGAAUCAGCAACACUUACAGCGCUGCUCGCAAGGACUGCUGGCUCUGUUGCUGUCGCUGAAGCGUCGGCCCGUGAUCCGCUACGAGGCGGGGUCGGAGGCCUGCUCGCGACUGGCGGAGCGCGUCCGCGACCUGGUGCGGCGCGAGGCGGUGCUGAUGGACAACAACAUACCCUUCAACGGGGACCUGCCGACCCCUCAGCUGCUCAUACUGGACAGGAGAGACGACCCCGUAACGCCAUUGUUAACUCAGUGGACGUACCAGGCGAUGGUGCACGAGCUGCUUACUAUCAACAACAACCGCGUUAGUCUGGCCGACGUACCAGACGUGCCUAAGGACUUCCGGGAGGUGGUGCUGGCGCCGGAGCAGGAUGAGUUCUACGCCAAGAACUUGUACUCCAAUUUCGGUGAGAUUGGGCAAACGAUGAAGUCUCUAAUGGACGAGUUUCAGAAGAAGGCCAAGAGUCAUCAGAAGGUGGAAAGUAUCGCAGACAUGAAGAACUUUGUGGAAACAUAUCCACUGUUCAAGAAAAUGUCGGGUACGGUGACAAAGCACGUGACGGUGGUGGGCGAGCUGUCGGCGCGCGUGGCGGCGCGCUCGCUGCUGCGCGUGUCGGAGCUGGAGCAGGAGCUGGUGUGCCAGUCCGACCACGCCGGCCACCUGCAGCGGCUGCAGGCGCUGCUGGGCGACGAGGCGGUGCGCGCGUCGGAGCUGUGGCGGCUGGUGGCGCUGUACGCGCUGCGCUACGAGCGCCACGCGGGCAACGCGCUGGGCGCGCUGGUGACGGCGCUGCGGGCGCGCGGGGAGGCGGCGGCGCCCGUGCUGGCGCUGGAGUACGGCGGGGCGCACGCGCGCCAGUCCGACCUCUUCGGCCUGCAGGACGCCGCCAAGAUCACCAAGAGGCUCUUCAAGGGGCUGAGCGGCGUCGAAAAUAUAUAUACGCAGCACACACCCCUCCUCAAGGACACGUUGGAAGACCUGAUAAAGGGAAAACUUCGUGAAAAUCUGUAUCCCGUAGUCGGGGGCGACUAUCUGCCUUCGGGGAAACGACCACAGGACAUCAUCGUGUUCAUCGUCGGAGGCACCACCUACGAGGAGUCCCUGUGUGUCCAUCAAAUCAACCAAGCGUACCCGGGCGUCAGAGUGGUGCUCGGUGGUACCACAAUACAUAACUCCGCGUCGUACUUGGAGGAGAUCAGGCAGGCGAUGCAAGGCGUGCAUAGAACGCAUACAAGACAUAUUCGGAAUAUAUAAAGUAUCUUGAUGAAUUGAUCAUUGUAUAUUAUGUAAUUUAUUUCUGUUAAAAAUAUAUAAUAUAAUUAUAUUCUUAUUGAUUUAGAUUAUAAACAGACAGAUUAAAGUCGGUUUUUGUCUUUUUAAUCACAAACCUAAAGUAAAUGGCGGAAAUUACUUAUGCCAUAGGAAUAACAAAAUUAAAUUUUAUUACUUUUUGUUAACAAAUGUUGAAUGAAUUAAAUGCAUUACCUAUUACAUACCUAUUCAUUAUGUAUUAUAAUUAAUUAAAUUAUACUUACUGCUUGAGAUCAUGAUUGUUACUUGUAAAGAUUAGAGUAAAAUUAUUACCGUAGUAUUUUUAAUGACAUACGGUAAAAAUAUAACUUUCAUUCCAAUUACAUUUAGAAUAUAAGACUAUUUUUAGAAUAAAAAAAAGAAGUAUAUUUUUAUUUUACUCAUUUGUAUGAACUACAUUGCUAUAUCCACUAUAAGAACCCAUAUAACUAAGCCUAGUGCUUCAUUCGUCUAUUGGCUAACUUGUAGCCAGGUUGGAAUCCCUGGCCUAUAUUUAUCAGGAGGAUACCAGACAAGCUCGUCCACUCAUAUUUAAGCCAGAUAUUAGUAAGCAAUGAAACUUUGUAAGGUGAACGUCAUACGAAUUAAAAUGGCCGUCAUGUUUAAUUACAUUUAUAGCAAACAAAUCUUGUAAAAAUCUUGUGUAAUUUGAUUUGCUAUCGGUAUUUUUCACUUAAAUACAAGAUCUGUCUUGGCGCUCUAAUGCAAUUUAAUAAAUUUUGUUUUUCUUAAGUUGUUGAUUUAGCUAUUAAGAUAGUUAUUUCACAAAACGCAGUCAUCGCCUGAACGGCAUUGAGGAUUUAUAAUUUUUAUUUUAAUUCUAUGAUGUAUUUAAUUUUUUAAUGUGUGAAAAAAUAUUUAUAUACUUGAUCAUUUAAAAAUGUAAAAAUUAUA